AUGACGGUGGCCCUUAUCCUGGGUUGGAGGUUGGUGGCUACGAGGAGGGCACAGCAACGACCCUCCCUGUCGCUGCACCCCAGCCAGGGGGUGUCGCUGGGGAACAAUGUCACCCUGCGCUGCCACCUGCCCCGCAUGGCUGCCUGGGUCCAGCUCUUGUUCAAUGGAACUCUGAGAUUUAACAAGGAAAAAGACAAGGAGCAGGAUGCAGCUGAGUUCUCCUUUGCUGUCACAAACCUGGAGGACGCCGGGACAUAUCAGUGUCGGUACCAGGUGUCAGAGCCACUGUGGACAUCAAAUCAGAGUGACCCCGUGGAGCUGGUGCUGACAGGUGAGGGCACUAUAGACACCGGCUGGCCCUGAGCUUUUCCCACACGGCCAAGUCCCAUCUCUUCCCCUCCCUGCACACAAACCGCUGCUUCCCCCAGCUCAGCAUUUCCCUGAGCCCAGGCAACAUGUGGGAAUGGGGACUGAUGUCACCACCCAGUGCUGCAAUGGGGGUUGUGGUGCCACAUUCCUCCUGCACAGAGAUGAAUGCUCGGCCCAUAUCCUGUGCCAGGAUCCCACUGGUGGGGCAC